AUAAUAAGAACGUAGUAAGUAAGAUAGAAGAUUAAUAGAUGAGCGAUAGAAAAAAAAUGGGAAAGGCAAAAGAAGCUGUUGUGGUGGCGGGUGCCCUAGCAUUCGUCUGGCUCGCGAUUGAACUCGCUUUCAAACCCUUCCUUUCGCAGACCCGCGACUCCAUCGACAAAUCCGACCCGACCCGGGACCCUGAUGAGGUUCCUGAUGCUGCCGUCGCUCCUCCUCCUCCUCCUCCUCCUGAAACAGACGCCGGAGAUGCCGACAAAGAUGACUGAUAAUUUGAACGUAGCCUUGUCACGGUUGUUACUAUUCCUUUCUUGCAUUCUGUAUUUCGUUAAAUUGUCAAGUGAAAUAACAUUAAACAGCUGUGUUGUUUGUUGUGUUUUCUGCUAUGUUCUGAUUUAUGGAAUACUGUAAUUUUAGGAUUAGGAUUGGAUACCAGGUUGUUCACUUCAUAUGUUGGACAAUUGGUUUCGUAAUUUGAUGUUUGUCUCUAGCUAUUGCAAAAUUGAAUCCGAUCUCAGAUAUUAAAAUGCAUGCCUUGGACUUUUUUUA